UCCACUCCCCUCAUUCCACCUCCUCUCUCUGUAUUAAACCCACAAGUUCCGAUCUUUUUCCUCACAAGACGAAAGGGAGGGAAAAUAGGAGGUUUCUUUAACUAGCAGCAAAAAAAUCGAUUUUUUUCCCGGAAAAAUUAACCAAUUUUGAUCGUUUUUCUCGUGAUUUCUGGGCUGACCUUCUCUAAAGAUGGCAUCAUUGCAAGAAAGUUUGAACAAGUUCAAGAAACAACAAGAGAAGUGUCAGUCCACACUCACGAGCAUUGCAAAGCAAAAUCCAAAAACUACACCUCCAAAACCUUUCCUUUCAGGCGUUUCAACUCCUUCCCCACCAAUUAAAUUUUCAAACGAUACAGAGAGGCUUCAACACAUUAAUAGCAUAAGGAAAGCUCCCGUGGGGGCUCAGAUCAAACGUGUUAUAGACUUGCUGCUGGAGAAAAGGCAAGCAUUGAAACCUGAGCAAAUAAAUCAAGAAUGUUAUGUUGAUUUGAAUGCAAACAAGGCUGUCUUUGAUAGUCUGAAGAAGAACCCCAAGGUGCAUUAUGACGGCGAGCGGUUUUCCUACAAGUCGAAGCAUGAUUUAAGAAAUAAGGAUCAACUUCUUGUCUUAGUUCGGAAGUUCCCUGAGGGAAUUGCUGUUAUUGAUCUCAAGGAUGCAUACACAACUGUCAUGGAGGAUUUGCAGUCACUGAAAGCUGCAGGCCAAAUUUGGCUGUUGUCAAACUUUGACUCGCAAGAGGACAUAGCCUAUCCUAAUGACCCCAGAGUUCCCAUCAAGGUUGACGAUGAUCUGAAACAGUUGUUUCGAGGAAUUGAAUUACCCCGUGACAUGCUUGAUAUUGAGAAAGAUCUUCAGAAGAAUGGGAUGAAACCUGCUACAAAUACUGCAAAGAGGAGGGCAAUGGCGCAAGUACAUGGAAUUGCCCCCAAAAACAAGCCUAAAAAGAAGAAGCAUGAAAUCAGCAAGAGGACUAAGCUUACAAAUGCCCAUCUUCCAGAGCUGUUCCAGAACCUUAAUGCCUCUGGUUCAUGAGCAGAGAUCAGGCUGCUGCAGAUCAUUGAAUUAUGUAGUGGCCAUAUGGCAUAGGCAUUAAAGCAUAGUCUUAUCCCUGUAUCUGUGGAGAGUAUUAAACCUGUAAUUCCAAUUUUUUUUUUUGUUUCUGAACAUUUUAAUUUGCCAUCCAACUAUAAAUAUUUAGUUUUGGUACAAAUCAGAACUUGGGUUUGAGCACUACACUGCCUUCUGGUUUAAGGUGGGUUGUUGGGGUUCUAUUACGAAGACCCCAGUUUGUGGUUGCAUGUUGUCCAAAGUGAUCGAGGACUGAAAACACCCUGCGUUGUGAAUGCAAGUGCAGAAAACUUGUGCAGAAGCCACUGAUUGUCUUGUAAACGUGAAGUGCAUAUUACAUCCCAAAUUUAUAGUUUUCACUUGA